CCCACUAGCCUCAUAACAAGCAUGUACAAGCAUUCUUGUCCGUUCUACCCGCUUUUUAUUGGGCUUGCAUAUGUGGGGCCUGCAUGUAGUUUCACUCCCAUGCACCUUAGCGCUUACCUUUGGAGAAUUGGCUGUUGAACCACCCCUAGUCCGUCUUUCCAUCGAUUAGGGGGAAUUUUAGCGCCCAUCUUCAACUCCACAGAAGCACACCAAUCUAAGAAUGGAUAGAGUCACUUAUCUCUGUAGGUGUAACCACUGGAAUUGAAACUACGAGACGAGCCAAAAACGAUCAUGCCAGAAAUCCUAGGAAAACAAAUUGGCCCAGCAGGCUAUGGUCUCUUGGGGUUGACGUGGCGUUCGGAGCCCCUAUCUGAGGAGGACUGCUUCAAAGCCAUGAGAGCCGCCCUGGCCAACGGCAGCAAUUUCUGGAAUGCAGGGGAGUUCUACGGGUCUCCAGACUUCAAUUCUCUGACACUUUUGGAGAAGUACUUUACGAAGUACCCCGAGGAUGCUGACGAGGUUCUGUUAAGCGUCAAAGGGGGGCUAAAGGACUGGCAGCCGGACGGAAGUCCAGAAAAUGUCCGCAGCUCAGUAGACAACUGCUUGAAGCUUUUGAAUGGCAAGAAGAAGAUUGACAUGUUUAAAUGUGCUAGAGUGGACAAAAACAUUCCAAUUGAGACAACUUUGAAGGUGCUAGAUGAGGAGUACGUAAAGACUGGCAAGAUUGGAGGGAUUGGUCUAUCAGAGGUCUCAGCGGAUACUAUUGAGCGGGCCGUCAAGGUUUGCAAGAUUGUUGCUGUUGAGGUAGAGGUUUCCUUAUGGGCAACAGACAUCUUCUCUAAUGGAGUGGCACAAGCUUGCGCACGCCAUAAUCUUCCCAUUGUUGCCUAUGCACCCAUUGGGCGCGGUAUGUUGACGGGACAAAUCACAAAGCCAGAAGACAUCCCUGAAGGAGAUUUCCGCAAGACGGUACCCAGGUUUCAAAAAGAACACUUUGGAAAGAACCUUAAACUCGUCCGGGAACUAGAGAAGAUUGCCAAAAGAUUGGGCUGUACACCCGCACAACUAGCUAUUAGCUGGGUCAGGAGUCUCUCCAGGAAGGGCUGGAACCCGGAAAUUAUCCCGAUUCCGGGUUCGGCGACAGUGGAUCGAGUCAAUGAGAACGCAAAGUAUGUUCCUCUGAGUGUAGAGGAUCUUGCGGAGAUCGAUUCGAUUUUACAGUCGUUUGAGGUAGCUGGGGAUCGAUAUGGUGGCCAUGCGGCCGAGUUCAUGGAUGGGUGAACUUAUCAGCACAGUUUAUAAACUGGAAUGCGAAUCCUUCUCAUUUGGCCCUCACCAUCCAUCAAUUUAAAAAACCAUUGUUGACCACACUCUUCUUGCGAUCCCUCCGAGCUCGCGCGCGGAGAACUUAAAAUCUCCCUCUGCCGUUCCAAGCCGCGGUUUUCGCUCCAAAAUUCCCUCAAAGGAUAGACACAACGUCCCCUCAGCCACUGGUCUUCCAUUUUCCAAGCUAACAAUUAUCUCUUGGUCUACCACUGCCCGUGGUGGGUGGCUUGCUCUGGUAUCUUGCUGCUGCCGUCCCCUCUUCCAAACUUUAAAGAUAAUCUCCGGCCGCCGCCGGCAGACCUUCACCCCUAUAACCUGCAUCACAUGCGAUUCCUCGUGUUCCAACCAUAUCUUAGCAUCGCGGCUUAAACCGCGGCCGCUCUUUGAUGUAGCGGCCUCUAGCACGCAAGUCUUGUAGCCAGGCCCGGAUCCUGGGGCCCUAAAAGGGCCCCAGGAUGCGUCAGGUUCUUUCUGAACGCCUCCAAUUGACACCGUCGCUCUCCCAGUCGAAAUAACGUCUUCAAAGCACCCAGCUUCAACAAUCUUCUUAAUUAGGCAGUUGUGAAACUCCAUCGCAGCUACUUCGUGCGGGUCUCCAGGCAUUGUAAUGAGAAGGGAUUCUGAUUCUUCAAAAUACAGCGCCUUGCGUGAUCCUGGAAAAAGAGGUUGCUCGUCGUCGUCGAUGCUAAUAUAUUUCUUAGGAAACCCUGUGACUAGAACAGUGUGGUCACUAGUAGGGUCGCAGCUGGAGGCAUUAUACAAGAGCGCUUGGAGAGUCCUAGUGAAGUCUUUUGGGUUUGUGAAGUCUAUCGUAGCUUCCACAUCUGACAACCCUUCGAGAUCCACAUCUGGUUCCGUAGUCAUACCCAUACUUGUGUUUAUUGCAGUAUUGCGAUAACUCUUAAAAUUUUAGCUGAG